UUUAUUAGCAAUUGGACCAAACAAGCCUACUACAACACUUCUCUUACCUUAAUUUAAACUUUCCUAAAAUAUUUAUAGACAUAAUCUCAUUUUAUCCUAAGAAAUUAAAAAUGGGUGAUCACAAGAAAAAAACUAUGGAAGAAAAACCAAAACUAGAGGAACUAUACCAAGGAAUCCCAGAUGAAUCAGUUAACCUAACAUUUCAAGACUUGCCAAAUUGGAAUAGAAACAUUACAAUUUCUGAAGGAAGUGCUAUUAACACCCCCACAAGAAAUAUACCAUCACCUUCUCUUUCACCUAUGUCCAUGUCACCUACUCAUGAUGAAUUCAAAAAAGGCUUCAAGGUAUAUUCUAAUCACAAAUAUAAUCAACAAAAUUUUCGCCAUAGAGGUGUUGGUGUUCAAAGUACUCCUAGCAAGGCAAGUGAGCAUAGUAUGGGAUAUGAUGCCAUGAGUGGUGAGAGCUUGGCUUCAGGAAAAGGUGGUGCUAUUCGACGAAGACGACAAGGAAUUCCUCACUCUAAGAUUUGCACCAUUUGCAAUGACUAUGUUUAUUUUUUCAGGACUAGAUGCUUGGUAUGUGGCAGGGUUUAUUGCAAGCAGUGUGUGGAAAUUGGUAUGGGAGAACUGAGAGAAGGAAGAAAGUGUAUUGAGUGCCUUGGACUAAGAUUCAGCCAAAGGUACAUAGAGAGAGCAGGGUUACUAGGAUGUUUGAGUUGGAGGUAUCCAAGUACAUUAAAGCAAAGUGAACUCAAAUGGGCAGAGAAAGGACCAAGGAGGAAUGGUGACAAAGGCUAUGGUCACCAAUCAAGACCAACAACACCUACAACUCCAAGGAGUCCUCUGUCUAUUGCCAGCAGUAGUGAAGCCACCUAUGCCAUGUCUGCAGCAUAUUCUCCUUUCUCUCCACAUCAUCGCGUCCCUCUUUGAAAACGAGAAAAAUUAAUUUAACGGGAAAUGUUUAGAGUUUAAUUGGUAUACACUGUCACGAUAAAAAAAUUACGCAUACAUCUAGUCAUAUCUCAUCGCAGAUAUUUGUGGAGACAUAAAAUUGAGAUAUAAUUAGAUAUAUGUGUAGAUUUUUUAUUUAUUUUUUUAUGAUUGUUUCUGCAAAUUAUGAGAUAUUAAUGUACCCAAAACUAUUGUUUCUUUCAAAAUAUUCUUUCAACUGUUUGUUUUUUUAUUUGAUCUUAUGUUUCUUUAUUCAAUUUGUUGAUUUAACUUGUAUUAAGAGUUCUAUCAUUUCUUUCUUUAUA